CAAGGGGCUAUAUAACCCUUCAGCGUUCAGCCUCCCGGGACACCACCCACCCAGAGUGGAGAAGCCCAGCCAGUCGCUGUCAGGAACCCUGAGACGCUGCUCCAGCUAUGUGUGAAGAGGAAGACAGCACAGCCCUGGUGUGCGACAAUGGCUCUGGGCUCUGUAAGGCCGGCUUCGCUGGUGAUGAUGCUCCCAGGGCUGUUUUCCCAUCCAUCGUGGGACGUCCCAGACAUCAGGGAGUAAUGGUUGGAAUGGGCCAAAAAGACAGCUAUGUGGGGGAUGAAGCCCAGAGCAAGAGAGGGAUCCUGACGCUGAAGUAUCCGAUAGAACACGGCAUCAUCACCAACUGGGACGACAUGGAAAAGAUCUGGCACCACUCUUUCUAUAACGAGCUUCGUGUGGCCCCUGAAGAGCAUCCGACACUGCUGACAGAGGCACCACUGAACCCUAAGGCCAACCGGGAGAAAAUGACCCAGAUUAUGUUUGAGACCUUCAAUGUCCCCGCCAUGUAUGUGGCUAUUCAGGCUGUGCUGUCCCUCUAUGCCUCUGGACGUACAACUGGUAUUGUGCUGGACUCUGGAGAUGGUGUGACUCACAACGUGCCUAUCUAUGAGGGCUAUGCCCUGCCUCAUGCCAUCAUGCGUCUGGACUUGGCUGGCCGAGAUCUCACCGACUACCUCAUGAAGAUCCUGACUGAGCGUGGCUAUUCCUUCGUGACUACUGCCGAGCGUGAGAUUGUCCGUGACAUCAAGGAGAAGCUGUGCUAUGUAGCUCUGGACUUUGAAAAUGAGAUGGCCACGGCCGCCUCCUCUUCCUCCCUGGAGAAGAGCUACGAACUGCCUGACGGGCAGGUGAUCACCAUUGGAAACGAACGCUUCCGCUGCCCAGAGACUCUCUUCCAGCCAUCUUUCAUUGGGAUGGAGUCAGCGGGCAUCCACGAAACCACCUAUAACAGCAUCAUGAAGUGUGAUAUUGACAUCAGGAAGGAUCUCUAUGCUAACAACGUCCUGUCAGGGGGUACCACCAUGUACCCAGGCAUUGCUGACAGGAUGCAGAAGGAGAUCACAGCCCUCGCACCCAGCACCAUGAAGAUCAAGAUCAUUGCCCCUCCAGAACGCAAGUACUCUGUCUGGAUCGGUGGCUCCAUCCUGGCUUCGCUGUCUACCUUCCAGCAGAUGUGGAUCAGCAAACAGGAAUACGACGAAGCUGGGCCCUCCAUCGUCCACCGCAAAUGCUUCUAAGUCCCCCCUGCUCUGCCUCUAGCACACAACUGUGAACGUUUUGUGGAUCAGCGCCUCCAGUUCCUUUCCAAAUCAUUCCUGCCCAAAGCUUUGAUUUGUUACUCGUGGUUUUUUUAAAAAUAAAUCAGACAUGUGCUACCCUUAACUUGUAGCCCUGGCCUAGCAACACUGAUUCAAUUGUGUUUCUGUUAGGUGAGAAUCAUUUAUUAUAGGGUGGCCCCCUCUAGUGGUCAGGAAUAGAUGUGACACAACUAGAAAAGUAUAUUCCCAGGCAUGGAUGGCAUCAAUCACUUCAACAGAGGAAGGUCCACUUAAAUGAUGUAAACGGGGUAUUUGAGAGCGUAUAGGACUUGUAUAGAUUACAUAUAAUAAUAUAUAUUAGUACCAAUAGGAAAAAUCGACACUGACUUCACAGCUAGAGUGACUAUUUUACUUUAUACAUACAGGUGACCAGAUAGGUAAAAAACAAUUUUACGUGUAUUUAAAAUUUGGCAAGUAAUAUGGUUUUAUUAAAAUCACAUCUUUUGUAUUAAAGCAUACACACGUGCAUGGAUAUGCAUGCGUGACUUUUAACUUGCAUCAAGCCUUGCGUAUUAUUUAACUUUAACGUUCAUCAAACUUGGCAUAUUUAAGGAAAUAAUUUUUUAGUUAGUUUUUAAAAAGCACACACCUUUUAGAACCCAAGAAGCUAUUUAAAAAGUCUCACUAUGCACCUGGAUCAUUGCUUCCUCCUCCUCCUUUGGCCAACAUCCAGGAAAAAAUGCAGUAGAUAUAGUUACAGUAAGAGGAAGGGGGAAAACGGCAGUACUUCCAAGGACUUGUCAUACCAUGCAUCGUACACAAGACUCUCACACGUCAUCACUACUAUGUGCAGAUGGUGUUAUCAUCAGUCAUCAGAUGAGGAAGCCAAGGGUGUCCCCAAAAAUGCAGUUACUUCCAUAGACAGCUAAAGACUUGAACAGUUCCUUUGCCUAUCAGAAUGGGAACUACAGAGGUUUAUUUGAGUUUUUUUUUUUUUUUUUUUUUUGGUUGUUUGGUUGGUUGGGUUUUUGUGUGUUUUUUAAUACCAGACAUAUUAGGGCUGGAGAAUUGGAUCUGUGGUUAAGGAUACUGGCUGUUCUUGCAGAAGACCUGGCCUCUACUCCUAGUACCCUCAUGGUAGCUUGCACCUGCUUGGCUGUGACUCAGGUCCCAGGGGAUCCAGAUCCCUUCUCUGACCUUUGCUGGCACCAGGCAUGCAUGUGGUACACACAUAGACAUGCAGGUAAAACAGUCAAGCAUAUAAAAAUAAUAAAAUAAGUUAAUUAAAUGAAUAAAAUGUGACAACCGGA